ACUCUGAAGUCAUUUUCAGUUUCCGCGUUACUUUGAAAUGGCGGGUUAUUUGAAUUCAGUCGAAAAGCUUCUGCACCGUUUAGAGGAUCUAGACUGCCCCCAUGUCGUGGGGAUUGAUCGGAACUGGAUCUUGGACCAACUGGUUAACCCUUCGGAAGAACGAACCAAGAUUAUUGCAUGGCUGCUGAGGAUGAUUGAACCGACCAUGCUGGUUUCCAUCGACACCACAGCUCACUUUGACAAUGAGAGCCUUAGGAAAGAUCUGUUGAUGCUGCUGUCAUCCCUGGGGUUCUGUGGACCUGACAGAAUGGACUUGAUAAAGGGAACAGCUUCGAAAAGGGAUCAGCUCCAGUUGUUCUCCCUCCUCUUGGACGUUGUUGAGGUCAGCCAUAGUGAAGGCCUCCCGUCAGACUUAGACGAUGUUUGGCAAAAACAAGACCACUUCGUGCACCAGAUAGCCACCCAUGCGACCAUUAUGAAGAGCUUGCUCUCUCACAAGGUCAAUCUCCUACCAUCAGAAGUUGCGGCUCGCAUUAUGAAGAAUCAACAGAGAAACACAGAAGAUUUGUCAAAGAAUAGAAUAGCUGACCUGGUGAAGGGGUACGAAAGUACUUUAGAGACCCUCCAGCAGGAGUUAGCAGAGAAAUCCCAGGAAUUGGAGGUGAUCAAGGAUAUGUAUGUUUAUAAUCCGUUCACAAGCGAAGAACUGACUGAAGUCUGCCACAAACUCGAUGUGGUGGUCACCAAUAUGAAUCAACACCUGGAGAAGUUCCACACCUGUUACGACAACGAACUGGUCUCCUGGUGCCGUAUGCCCGACACUCCGCCGACCGAACUGGGUACCAUCUUGGAUCGGUUGUAUACCAAGAUGGACUCUUUUGCAUUGCAUUCGUGCCACCACACUGCAGCUGGAAGACUUGGAUACAGUGAAACCAGGCCGUGACACCACGCUGAAAACAGCCAGUGACUCCUUCUUUCUGACCCUGACGGAUUUCCUCAACCAAAUUGCAGUCCCUGCUGUCGGAGACCAAAGUGCCGAUGGUUAUCUUUCUGUGUGAUAACGGAAUGUUCCAGAAGGGAGGAGGUAGUCCUGUCUUGUCUCGUAUGUAAGACUAAACAGCCUGAUUCACAAAUUUCAUCUCUUUUUUAUUUUUUUUGCUCCCUCCACCACCUUCCAAAAGUUUUUGUCUCCUUCCUUGACAGUCUUAAUAUUUUGAGCACAUGUGCUCCUAUUCACACUCCAGGGUUUUGGGGACUUGGGACAGUAAAUGAGGAGAUAACGGUUUGUGCAGUUAGCGAGAGGCUAGUAAUCUCACUGCCUACUUGGAUGUAUAUAUGUGUGACUAUGUGUGUGUGUAUAUUCUUGCAUCACUUCACUGCCAUAUGUAUGUAUGUAUGU